AUGGCUUUCUGGCGUGCUGGCUCUCUAUUUUCGUCUUCUACAUCUGCGACGACCACAAACAAUAAUACGAUCGCUCAAGAAACGAUUGACCGUCUCUGCGAUCGGUUACAAUCAGCAACUCGUAGCGAAGAUCGACGAGAUGCUGUACGCGGUCUGAAAGGACUUUCAAAAAAAUGUAAACUCGAAGUUGGUACUCAAAGUAUGAAUCUAUUAGCCAACACUUUACAAGGUGAUCGAACAGAUUUGGAUCUCAUUCAAUUGGCUCUUGAAACAUUAGCUAAUGUAGUGACAUAUGAAACAGGCAAUGAUGAUGAACAAGCAAAUUUACCACAAGAUAUUACAGUUCAAUUUACAGAAUUGUAUAUUAAGGAUAAGGUUCAUGUUCAUGCAGCGCUUGAACUCAUAGAGGAAACUGAUUUUAAUGUCCGUCGAAGUGCAAUUCGAUUUCUUACUGCACUACUUACCAAUUGUACGAAAGAAUUACAAGAUAUUAUUUUAGAAAGUGGACCUAUGGGUGUUUCCAAAUUAGUCGAUCUUUUACAAGAUGAACGUGAAGUUAUUCGAAAUGAUGCACUUCUUCUUUUACAAAUCUUAACACGAUAUAAUACUAAUAUACAAAAAAUAGUAGCAUUUGAAAAUGGUUUUGAACGUUUAUUUGAAAUACUUGCCAGUGAAGGUGGUAGUGAUGGACUUGUUACGGUUGAAGAUUGUUUAUCUGUCCUAUUAAAUUUAUUACAAAACAAUGUGUCAAAUCAAAGUUAUUUCCGUGAAGGUUCCUAUAUUCGACGUUUAGUUGAUUUUUUUGAACUUGGUUCAAUUGGUGAAAAACGUUGGUCAGCACAAAAAGUUACAAAUGUUCAUCUUCUAUUACAAACAAUUCGAAUACUUGUUUCACCAACGAACUCACAUCAAAAUAUUCUUGCGUGUCAACGGACAGUUAGUCAAUGUGGUUUAUUACACCGCUUAUGUGUUAUGUUGACACUUACAACAAUUCCUGCUGAUGUGUUAGCUGAAACUAUUAACACAAUUGGUGAUGCUGUACGUGGUAAUGCAGAAAACCAACAAUUUCUUGGUUCUGUUAUGAACACAACUGGUGAAAUUCAACAACCUGUAUUAUUUAAUCUUUUAUACACAAUGGUUGCUGGUGAAAAGCAAUCUUUUCCACUUCGAAUAUCAAUUCUCUAUUGUCUUCAAUGUUAUCUAUAUAAAAAUGAUCUUGGAAAAUCUUUGAUUGUUCAAACAUUACUACCUCAAACUGAGAAUGUUGCCAAUCAGUAUACGUUGGGUCAUUUGUUAAUAAUAGGUUAUCUAAGUAAAGAUAACGUUGCAUCAUGGUGUUCCGGGAUUGCACUUGCACAUUUAAUUGCUGAUAAUCAACAAUUUAAAGAAGCAAUACUUAAAGUUGUCUUAGCUGUUGAUCAAGCACAAGCAGGAGCUAAGACAUUAAUGGAAAUAUCAACAGAUUUAUUAGAAAACUCUUCAUCGUCAUUUCAUACUCGUGUGGCUGUACUUAUUUUUCUAUGUACAUGGUUAUCAAAUUGUUCAUUAGCCGUACAAGCAUUUCUCUCAAUUCAAAAUAGUAUAUCAUAUCUUAUUUCUCAAAUAUGUGGUCAAUUAGUUGCAGACGAUCGUGAAAUUCUUAUUCAAUCGUUAUGUUCAUUUGCAUUAGGUUUAUGUUUGGUUUUCAAUAAUAAUCAAAUACCAUCGUAUACAACUGAAUCUCUUGAACGAUUAAUUAACAAACGUAUUGGUAUUGAUUUAUUUCAAGAAAAACUUGAAACACUUUCAAAAUCAGAAUAUUAUUCCAAAACAUUACAAAAGCCACAAUUAAAAUUAUCAAAAACAAAUGAUAUGAUUCUUGAUUAUGAAUUUGCUCGUUUAUAUAAAGCAUUAGAAGGCUCAAUAACACGUAUGUUAACUUCACGUCAAAUGAAUUCAACUGAAAAUUCACUUAUUGGUCCAUUGUCAACAAAUCUUUAUGAACAACAAACAUCAACAAUGAUGGCACAUUAUCAUGAUUUAAUUCGAAAACAAGAUCAACAAAUAAAUUCAUAUAAACAACAAGAAAAACAAUUUAUUGAUGAAUCUCAGAUUUAUAAAAAGAAAAUGUUGGAUCUAGAACAAAACUUACAAGAAGUUAAAGAUCAAUAUUCUUUACUAAAACUAUCGACUAAACAAGGACCAGAUACUCACAAUGAAUUGGCAACAAUAUGUGAACAACAACGAAGAGAAUUGGAAUAUUUAAGAAAUUUUGUUGCUCAACAUCAACAACAUUAUAAUUCAACACAACCAAUUGAAAAUGGAAUUGAACAUUUGAACUUGAAUAACACUGAAAAUCACGAUAUGCAGAACCAUAGAAAACUUCAAACAGGUGAAAGAGCAGCAUUAACUGCUCGUAUCACUGAAUUACAAGAAAAAGUAAAUGCAUUUGAGGAUAGAUAUGCAACGCAAAAUGAUGAAAUAGCUCGACUACAAUUAGAAAAUGGUGUUCUACAAGAAAAAAUUACUAAUGAAAAACGAAAAGUUUCAAUUCUAGAAGGUGUUGAAAGUCAAAUGCAUGGAUUAAUCGAUGAUAAAGCUCGAUGCGAUAGUGAAUAUCAAAAAUUGAAUAGUGUUUAUCAACAAAAUCUAAACGAACAAAAUGAUUUACUUGUUCUUUGCUCGACGUACGAAGAUCAUUUAACAAAUUGCAGAAACAUAAUUCAAUCAGCAGGAUUAACAGUACCAAAAUUUUUACUUGACCUCGAUAAUAAUUAA